UAUAUAAUAACCCGGAAGUUGAAGGUUGUUUUGUUGACAUCCGGACGAGCGACGUAAAAAGAGAAAGAAAACAAUCACCUAAUGAGCAAGAAUUAUUCAGCAGAGUAAAUUAACAGACGCUAAAUUACCGCGGACGAGAUUACAAUUAAAGCCAGAUUCUGAAGUGCCAAAGUUGCAGGUCGUGUACAGGCAUUGAGCCCUGUGAUGCCCGAGAUCUGAGCGUGCCGCUGUCUCUCCUCCGUUGCCGUGGUGCUUGACCUUGCACUCCGAAAGGGCGUGUCGCCAUGGCAACCAAAGCGGGGGACGACCCGGAGAGCCUCAUGUCUCUGUGCACCGUGUUCUGUCUGAAGAACCUCAGAAGAACCAUGUGCUACACGGGCGAGAGGAACAAACUGUGCCUGCGUCCCGACGUCUUCUUACCCAGCGAGAUCUGCGACAAGCUCGUUAAUGUGUACAUGGAGCUGGUGCACACAGACAGCGAGUUUGAGCCUCAGGACGGUUUCUUUCAGCUCUUCUGCGACCCGCACAGCACCCGACUGAACCGACUGCACCUCAGAGAGGACGUCGUACGAGACCAAGACCUCAAGGCCAUCGGAAAACAGGAUCUGAUGGAGCUCCACCUGACGUGCUGUAAUCACCUGAGCAUCCGAAGCCUCCGCAGGCUGCGCAACUUCCGCCACACGCUUGUUUCCCUCAGCCUCUUCGGCUGCUCCAAAAUCUUCUCCCGCAAGUCCUCUGCCGAGGACGAUGACGAUGACGAGGAGGAGGAUGAUGAAGAGUUCUGCGACGGCACUGACUUCUCGUUCCAGGGCUUCAGAAGGCUGUGCAUGUUGAACAUUGGCAGUUUGCCAGAGGACGUGGACCCUGAAGCGCUGCUAAAGCCACUGAACACUCUCAGAGCGCUGGACUUGUCCUCCACGUGCCUGCCCCGCCCCACCUUCCUGGCGCAGUGGAGAGACCAGCUGGCCUCGCUCGUGCUCUACAACGUGGACCUGAACGAGGAGCUCAUCGCCACCAUCCUGCACAUGAGCCGACUCAGACACUUAGAUAUCUCACGCGAAGGUCAGCGUUCCUCCAAGGUCAAGCUGACGAGGAAGAUCCUGACGAACAUCAUACAGAGUUUAGGGAACCUCGUCUCGCUGGACAUUUCAGGACACAUCAUGCUUGACAACUGCACCAUGCCGUACAUUGAGGAGGCCAUGGGACCACCCAGCAUCGAACCCUGUAAGAGCAGUAUCUAUCCGUUCCAGGGGUUGAAGAGGCCUCUGCAGUUUUUGGGUCUUUAUAACACUACACUGUGUAACGUCACGCACAUCCCUGCCUUUAAGGUAACAGGCUCCAAGAACGAAGAGCAGGUGCUGAAUGCUAUCGAAGCUUACACUGAAUAUCGUCCUGAACUCGCACACAGAGCCAUCAACCAGCUGUUCGACUUCGUCCGGAUACAGCACUGCAACAACCUGGUCCGAGCAGUGCAGUUGGUGAUAGCAGCUCUGAAGUGUCAUAAGUAUGAUAAGAGUAUCCAGGUGACGGGCAGCGCCGCUCUCUUCUACCUGACCAAUACAGAGUACCGCAAUUAUCAGAGUGUGAAGAUGCGCAGGCAGGUCAUUGAGGUUGUACUCAACGGCAUGGAGCACUACCAGGAAGUCACGGUUCAGAGGAACUGCUGUCUGACUCUGUGUAACUUCAAUAUUCCUGAUGAGUUGGAGUUUCAGUAUCGCCGCGUCAACCUGCUGCUGUUGAAGAUCCUGGAGCCGGCGCGUCAGGAUGAGUCCAUCCAGCGCAUCGCCGUGCACCUGUGCAACGCCCUCGUCUGCCAGGUGGACAAUGACCACAAAGAGGCCGUCGGCAAGAUGGGCUUCGUUAAGACCAUGUUGAAUUUAAUACAGAAGAAGCUGCACGACAGACUGUGUGAUCAGGUGAUGGAGUUCUCAUGGAGUGCGUUGUGGAACAUCACAGAUGAAACGCCAGAUAACUGCCAGAUGUUCCUCAACUGCAGCGGCAUGAACCUGUUCCUGGAUUGCUUAAAGGAGUUUCCGGAUAAACAGGAGUUGCACCGUAACAUGCUGGGGCUGCUGGGUAAUGUGGCAGAGGUGAAGGAGCUCAGACCUCAGCUUCUUACCAGCCAGUUCGUCACUGUCUUCAGUAACCUGUUGGGGAGCAAGGCGGAUGGGAUCGAGGUGUCGUAUAACGCCUGCGGGGUUCUAUCCCACAUCAUGUUUGACGGGCCUGAUGUGUGGACUGUGGAGAACCCUAACAGAGAGAUGGUCAUGGACAAAAUGUGGGACGCCAUCCAGAGCUGGGAUGUGACCUCGCGUCGCAACAUCAACUACAGGUCCUUCGAGCCUAUUUUGCGUCUCCUCCCUCAGAGUAUAUCACCUGUCAGUCAGCACUGGGCCACCUGGGCUCUUUACAACCUGGUCUCUGUGUACCCGAACAAAUACUGUCCAUUAUUAGUUAAGGAAGGAGGCAUUGCUUUGUUGAAGAUAGUUCUCGAGCUGGAGUCUUCUCACCAGGAGACAAAGACCAUGGCACGCAAGGUGAUGGAGCAUUGUGAGAAUUUUAAGGAGGAUCCGAUGGACACCAGCAGGUAAAUGAUGAAGAGCAGGAGAUCUUACAUCAGCGUCCGUUCCUCCUUAAAACACGCCUGGACUGCUAGGCUAAACGAAGCUAAGGAAGCUAGCUCACCCUGCCCUGCCCCACCUGUUCCAUGCCAUUCAGGAUUUUUCAGUCUCCUCUCUCCUGUAUGCUUGUGUGUGUGUCUGUGUGUUGGACACUCGCCCUCUCUAUACACACUCCUGUGAAUAUAAAAAUGACACUACAUACAAGGGAGAUGACUCGCACAGGUGUGUGUGUGUGUUUCAUAUUUCUGUCGCACAUGAUGGACAGUGUUUGUCUCAUCUAUUAUCGUUUUUGAGUGUUUUGUUACUUGGGAAUUUUUAUUUGUGUACAGUUUAGUUCGUGUGUGUGUGUGUGUGUGUGUGUGUGUGUGUGUUAUUAAGAACAAAACCAGUGGAAAGUUCUCAUGUUUGACUGGGAGCACAAAACGAACAGCUGGAAACACUCCUCCUCCCUCCCUCCCUCCCUCCCUCCCUCCCUCUCUCCCUCCCUCUCUCUCUCUCUGUGUGUGUGUGUGUGUGUGUGUGUGUGUGUGUGUGUGUGUGUGUGUGUGUGUGUGUGUGGAAUGAGAUUCACUAAAUGCCCUGACUUUGCCCUGUGACAUCAUAACUCCCACAGACUUUCUGGAAUGAUGUUACACUUCGGAUGACUCUACAUCACAAUUUCGGAUCUCUGAGGACAAUUUAUGGCUUGAACAGAGACACACACACACCCCUACACCCCUGAAGACUUCUCUUUGUACAUGUUACACACGUCUGCCUUUUGUCGUGUGUUUUUACGACACUCCAGUGACACUCUCCCUCUCCAGCGUCGUUUAAAAAAAAAAAAAAAUCCAGUUAGUCCAAGCUCUAGCGUGGGAAUGAAUUAAUUCUGUUUUCUUAUUUUUAUUUUUAAAUCAACUUUACUUUUUCCUUUUAAAAUCUCUGAUGGAAUGAUUUGGGGUGUGUUAGAGAGAACAUGGUUUAUGACGAUAAGGAUCUGUAAGGUUUGGACGACUCGUAAAUCCACAUUGCUUCAUGUUUAUCUAAAUAAUCACCAGGUGUUGUUCCACUUUAUCCUUCCGGAAGGUUUCAGGAGACGACUGCGAGCUCUCAGUCGCCGUCACCGUGAUGCGUCUGUCUUUGUUUUGUCGUUUUCUAUAGAACCAUGGUUCUCAAAGCGAGGUCCGGGGAACCUCAGGGGUCUGAGAUUGUUUUCUUCUUCUGUUUUUUUUGUUUGUUUAUUUUUUUAAGCUAAAAAUGUAUUCUAUUUAUAAGUUCCUCCUGUUGUUAUUAGUCUUCUCACUUGAAAGGAAUUUAAUUUUAUUUGAGUUGAAUCCACUCCUCACCAACAACACUUCCGAUGUCCGAUUCAGUCUCAUGAACAUUUCUAAAUGAAUAAAUAUGUUCUGUCAGGAAGGUUCAGGAACGAAAAGCUCUGUGGCUUCAAUAAACAGCCAAAAAACCAAACAAACAUGAUGGUACACAUUUAAAUAAUGAGCCUGAUUUAAUUAAUAAAAAAUAAAUCUUUA